UCAGAAGGAGAAUCGUGUAAAUGUCCAUAUCUAACAACAACAUAACUUUAAGAAUAAAUAUUGGGUUUUCACAAAAUAUAUUUGAAGAGUGUCAUCACAUUUUCCAGUGCAAUAAAUUAAAUCACUAUCUGCAUUUUUCUGUAAUCGAUAAAAUUUGCGGUAUGUUAUCUGUAGAAAACAAUGGGACUUUUCAAGAUGAGGAAACUGGUAGUGAUGAUGGAUCUACAGAUUACCCCAAAAUUUCUACGUCAUUAGAUACUCCUAAGGAAUGGACAUAUACUAUGAGAAGAAGCAUGCAGGAAGUUGUUCGUGGAUUAUAUUUAGGGCCAUAUAGCGCUGCUAGUAGAUCUAAACUUCAGUCCUUGUUAGAGCGUGGUAUUACUCAUAUUGUUUGUGUACGUCAAAAUAUUGAAGCACAUUUUAUUAAGCCAAAUUUUCCAGAUAAAUUCAAGUAUUUAGUUUUGGAUAUUGCUGAUUCUGCUACAGAAAAUAUCAUACAACAUUUUAAAAAAGUAAAGAUAUUUAUAGAUGAAGGUCUUAAUUCUGGAGGUCAAGUUUUGGUUCAUGGAAACGCAGGAAUUUCAAGAUCUGCAGCAUUAGUUCUUGCUUAUUUAAUGGAAACAUAUGGAUUAACUCAGCAAAAAGCAUAUUCAAUUGUACAGCAGAGAAGGUUUUGUAUUAAUCCCAACGACGGAUUUAUGGCACAAUUAAGAGAAUAUGAACCUAUUUAUCAAGCACAAAAGACUUUAAAAUAUGGACAACAAGCUUCAUCAAAUCAAAGAAGUAAACGAACUCUUCACAUGACUGAUAAUGAGCAUAUUGAUGACCGACAUGAUGCAAUGGAUAGUUGAUAAUUCUAUUAAAGUGCCAAAGUUAUCGAGAGACUUAUAAUAAUUAAAAAAGUUUAGAUUUAAAUUUAAAUCAAGAUCUAGCGUUUCUUAAUUAGCACUGAAUUAUUAAUAAUCUAUUUUGUACAGUUUACAUAUUAG